GCCUAUUUCGAUUCUCAUCGUUCGAAGAGAGCAGCGGAGUAGCUGAGCAUGGAUUUGGAAGGGAUUGCCUCGAUUGCUCUGCUUCCGUGCGGUUCCAUCUCCGGUCACUUCAUCACCUUGCCUCAUUCUGUCUGCUACGGCCUUCAAGGGACGGAAUUGUCCUGCGAGAGGGAGUGUAGCAGAGGUGAAGACUAUCGCCUGAUUAAGCUCUCAAUAAUUGACUUCGCCCAGAACAAAAGAGAGAAGGUGGUUGUGGUGGAGUGCAGGGGACAUGAUGCUGCUCGCUUUAAAAAUGUUGAUCAUGCCCAUGGGUGGGAAAAUGAUGUUGUUGAUAUGGUAGAGCAGAAGCACGGGAAACAAGAGAUAUUAGUAUCAUUUGAAUGUGAUACACUUAAGGCAGAUAAUGCUGCUGAAGAACACAUCAAGACUUAUAUGCCUAAUUUAGUUGGACUUGAUGCUGUUGUUAAUGUUGGCCGGAUGAGUAUUUAUGGCCUCGAUUUUGAAGGGAGUGAUGAAUCAAGUAAGUAGGAGGAAUGAUGAAUGUUUCCAUGUUUCAGUGUAUAUAUUUUCAAGACUUGCUGAUGGAACACAAGUAUCACAAAUUUAAGAAACUACUAUUUCUUCUCUUUGGAAA